AUGCCGCCUUCUCGUAAAGCUCCUCAUCACGUUCCACAAUUUGCUUUCCACCUCUUCCCGUUUCACAGUUCUCGCUUCAACCGUUUUUCAAGUGAGCUUGUCGUCUUCCGCCCCACCAGCCAACGCGUCGGCUGUUCAGCUCGACUGAACCGAUUGGCUGGCGCUCCACUCCGUGCCCCUUUCUGGGGCUCGGGCAUGCUGGGGCCCGAUCGGUGUCGGUCCGAGUCAAAGUCUGAUUGGCGAACAAGCAACUUCGGCCUGCCUGGGAAAGAGGGGCCGGACGGAUGA